AUGGAUUUUGAUUCAGUGGUAAAAAAUAAUGAAUCAUUGAAAACACUCUCAGGAGCUGCAAAUGAAAUUAAAAGACAGAGAUUCACAGAUCAAGUAUCAAGUAAGGCGGCGGGAAAGAGUACUACUGCUGUGACAUUUGAUCUACUAUUUCAGACGAAAAACGUGUUACACUUAAUUCAGACACGUAGGAAGGCAUGUAGAGAAAAAGGCGGAGAACUUGUUGAGGUUAACGAUGUCAUAGAACACAACUUCUUGAUGUCAAAGAUCCCGCCUUUGAAUUACGAUAAAGCUGCAGCAGGGUUUUGGAUCGGUCUGACAGACAAGGAAAGAAAUGACACAUUUGUCUGGAUAUCAUCUGGGCAGAUUCCUACUUUUACCUUGUGGAUUCCUGGCCAACCAACCCAUGUUUCGAAAUUAUUUUACGAAGAUUGUGCGUAUUAUUACAGGGACGUAUGGAACGAUAUAUGGUGUGGAAAUGAACUGCACUACAUCUGCGAACGUACACUUCAAGACAUUAUAGCACAGUUUAUAAGCUCAUAUAUAGCAAAGUUUAUUAAUUGA